UCUAUUCCGCUGCUUAACGAAACUUGGGCGAGCCCUCAUUCAUUUUCCUUUCAACCCAAGCGAAAGUCACCGUCACAUUUCCGCGGGUAAUUCUCCACUUCUCUCUCCAUCUCCUAAUCUGCUGUUUACCGCCGGCGACGAGGUCCUCUCGCAUGCAUCGCAAUCUGCGGAAUCUACGAUGGCCGCUUCCCUGACGCGAUCCUUAAUUUUCCCUCUCCCGGGCCAAAUCUCCGCUAAACCCUCGCGCUCGACGCACUCGCCGCAGUCGUUGAUUUCCGUCAGACGGCACUGCGGCGUGUCGGUGCGAGCCUCCACCUCAGGCUCAGGCAACAACAAAUCGUACGAGGGCAAGAAUGGCACGCAGGCGUUGGAGUUGAAGGUGGGCGAUGGAGCUGUUCCCGCUGCCUGCGAUGUGCUCACCAAGGAUUCGCUUCCGAGGCCCUUGACGUCGGCGCGACUGGCUAAUUCAGGCUCCGGUGGUUCUCGCCUCCGCGUUGCUUAUCAGGGUGUUUGUGGGGCGUAUAGUGAAUCUGCUGCUCAGAAGGCAUAUCCCAACUGUGAGGCAGUGCCGUGUGAUCAAUUCGAAACUGCAUUUGAAGCAGUUGAAGGCUGGACUGUGGACAGAGCUGUGUUACCCAUUGAAAACUCUUUGGGUGGGAGUAUCCACAGAAAUUAUGACCUGUUACUCCGACACAAGCUGCAUAUAGUGGGAGAAAUAAAAUAUGCUGUUCGUCAUUGCUUGCUAGCGAAUCCAGGUGUCAAAGUUAAUGACUUGAAGAGGGUUCUAAGUCAUCCCCAGGCUCUUGCUCAAUGCGAGUAUACAUUAACGCGGUUGGGAUUGGUGAGAGAAGCAGUGGAUGAUACUGCUGGUGCAGCAAAGUAUGUUGCACUCAGCAAAUUGGAGGACACAGGAGCUGUUGCUAGUUCGGCUGCAGCUGAAAUCUAUGGCUUAGAUAUAUUAGCAGAAGACAUUCAGGAUGAUUCUGACAACGUGACAAGAUUUCUGAUGUUGGCGAGGGACCCUUUAAUUCCGGGAACGUACCGUCCUUUCAAGACAAGCAUUGUCUUUUCACUUGAGGAGGGACCUGGAAUACUGUUCAAGGCUCUUGCAGUUUUUGCAAUGAGAGACAUCAACCUUACGAAAAUCGAGAGCCGCCCUUGGAGGCGGAGUUCUCUGAGACCUCCUGGAGAGAACGCCAAUGGACUUCAGAAAUGCUUUCACUAUAUGUUCUAUGUCGAUUUCGAGGAAUCAAUGGCUAGUGAUAAUGCUCAAAACGCCCUCAAACAUCUGGAAGAGUUUGCAACUUUCUUGCGAGUUCUUGGGAGUUAUCCCGCCGAUACUACCAUGCUAUAAUGACAUUCCCAUACAGUAAAUACUAAAUACGCAUUACCCUAUCAAUUGCUUUGCUUAUGCUUCAUUUCUUCAACCACCUUAAAUCUUCUCUGGUUGUGGUUUCUAAUCCAGGUGAUGAUCGGCUUAGACGAGAAACCUGGGUGUUUCGAGCCUCAACUUAGCUACUUCUUGGAUGUUGCCUUGCCCGUAAUUACAGAACGUUUUUGCAGAGAUGAAUAGAUCUUAAAGCAGCAA